AUGAUGACAGCUAGCAGAGUGGACAAUGUGAGCAGCAAAUCUGAAAACAGUAUCUGCAAGUCUGUUGAGAGGAUCAAGCUUGCAGAUAAAAACAAUACAGCAGCCGUGAAGGAGUUGGAAAGACCAUUGUGUGGAUUUUUGAGUGAGAGAUGUUCUGAAGGUGCCUCUGUCACCCUAGGUUUAACAUCUGAAGCUGAACCAGUUUCUUCUCUGCUGAAGAGCCCACUGGGAGCCUUGGAGAACUUGAUGCUGGAUCCAAGGCUAGACUGCUUUAAGCAGAACAUGCUUAGUCCCAAAAUGAUCAUCAGUGACCCAUCUGUGGAUCUGAAUGUUAAAGAGAGCAGUAAAAUCAUCGGGAGACAGAUAGGAAGCACUCAGAACAUACAGUCACCUGCAAAAACUGGCUUAAGAAAUAAGUCUUUCAGCAUCAGGGACAAAAUUUCAGAAUGGGAAGGGAAAAAGGAAACACAGUCUGCUCCUCGCAGAGAGGAGGAGCAAGGAGCUAAGGAGGAGCACAGGGUGCCAUGCAUGACUGAGAAGACGAGUGGGGAAGCACUGGUGGCUCGGAAAGUAGAGAGCAAGAGACUUUUGAACUGGGAACCAGAGUGCAAAGGGGCAGGCAAAGAGAAUGAGUGGAAAGCAGGAACUCAGAGAGGCACAGGGCAGGCAGCAGAGCGAAAGGGGGAAGCGCAGAAGAAUGAAGGAGUGGAGUCCAGUCCUGGCAAAUGCAAGGAAGUGAAAGGUGGCAAGUGGGAGAUCCAGAAAGAGAAUCUUUCAGUGCUUAGUCAGGUCAAGAAGCUAGAGCAGGCUUUGAAAGAUGGCUCAGCAGAGCUGCAGCCACAGUUGCCUGGUACUUACUAUUCCCCACAGUGCUUGCAGGAGAAGGCAGCACAAGGAAAUGCUGCUCCCGAGGGCUAUGAAAGCAUAUGUGGGGCUGAGCUGAGCAAAAGGCUUGGACUUGGCUUGGACUCUGAAAUCAGUGAGCCAAUUUUUGGGACUCUAGAAGAGGUAAGAACUUCUCAUGCAAAGUCCAAGGAUGGCACAGUGGAGAACGUGUACACAGAGCCAGGAGUACCAGAGAAGAAACCUUUUAUCAACCCCCUGCCAAAGCCCCGUCGGACUUUCAAACAUGAGGGGGAAGAGGACUGGGUGCCAGCAGCUAGGAAUAAAAGAAACUUACCCCCUCUGCCAUCUGUUCCUCCCCCUCCUCUGCCAUCCUCUCCUCCCCCAUCAGCUGUCAGCAGGAGGCUCUGGAGUGGGAAGCACAAGAACAACGCUGACCACAGGAAGUCUUACGAGUUCGAAGACUUGCUGCAGUCAUCGUCUGAGAACGGCCGAGCGGAUUGGUACGCGCAGACCAAGCUGGCCCUCACACGCACUUUAUCUGAGGAGAACGUCUAUGAAGACAUCUUGGAUCCACCAUCAAAGGAAAACCCUUAUGAAGACAUUGAGACCAACAGCCGCUGUUUGGGGAAGAAAUGUGUCCUGACUUUCCCAGCAUCCCCUGCCUCUUCUGUCCCUGGGACUCCCACUAAGUUGCUUUCCAAGCCCAUUUUUUUCCGACAAAACUCAGAGCGACGUAGUUUCAAACUGCCAGACAUACGGAAACUGAGCCGUGAUGGGACUGGGUCACCAUCCAAAGUCAGCCCUCCCUCAACCCCCAGCAGUCCAGAUGACACCUUCUUCUCCUUGGGAGACCCUCAGAAUGGCAAGAGGAGAAGGAAGAUUCCCAAGCUUGUGUUGAAAAUUAAUGCCAUUUAUGAGGCACGAAGAGGAAAGAAACGUGUCAAGAGGCUGUCGCAGUCCACAGAGAGCAAUUCAGGGAAAGUUACAGAUGAAAACAGUGAAUCAGACAGUGAUACUGAAGAGAAACUGAAAGCUCACAGCCAGCGCCUGGUGCAUGUGAAAUCUCGCCUGAAGCAAACCCCGCGGUACCAAACCUUGGAACGGGACCUGAUCGAGUAUCAAGAGAGGCAGCUGUUUGAGUACUUUGUUGUGGUGUCACUGCACAAGAAGCAGGCAGGGGCUGCUUACAUCCCUGAGGUUACCCAGCAGUUCCCCUUGAAGCUUGAGCGCUCCUUCAAAUUCAUGCGUGAGGCAGAAGAUCAGUUGAAAGCUAUUCCCCAGUUUUGCUUCCCUGAUGCAAAGGACUGGGCCCCCAUCCAUCAGUUUGCCAGUGAGACAUUUUCAUUUGUCCUUACGGGAGAGGAUGGAAGCAGACGAUUUGGAUACUGUCGGAGGCUGCUGCCCAGUGGGAAAGGGAAACGUCUUCCAGAAGUUUACUGCAUUGUGAGUCGCCUUGGAUGCUUCAAUCUCUUUUCUAAGAUCUUGGAUGAGGUUGAGAAGAGACGGGGCAUUUCCCCAGCCUUGGUGCAGCCUCUUAUGAGGAGUGUCAUGGAAGCACCUUUCCCCGCCUUGGGCCGGACAAUUACAGUCAAGAACUUCUUGCCAGGCUCGGGAACAGAGGUCAUUGAGCUGCGGCGGCCUCUUGACUCCAGACUUGAGCAUGUUGAUUUUGAGUCCUUGUUCACAUCUCUCAGUGUGCGGCACCUGAGCAGAGUCUUUGCCUCCCUGCUUCUGGAAAGGAGGGUGAUCUUCAUUGCAGACAAGCUCAGCACUCUCUCCAAGUGCUGCCAUGCCACGGUGGCCCUACUGUAUCCCUUUACCUGGCAGCACACCUACAUCCCUGUUCUGCCACCUUCCAUGAUUGACAUCGUGUGCUCACCCACGCCCUUCCUCAUCGGCCUGCUCUCCAGCUCCCUGCCCCGCCUGAAGGAGCUCCCAGUGGAGGAGGUCCUCAUUGUUGACCUUGUAAAUAACCGGUUUCUGAGACAGAUGGAAGAUGAGGACUCCAUCCUGCCCCGCAAGCUGCAGGCCGCCCUAGAGCACAUUUUGGAGCAGAGGAACGAGCUGGCGAGCGACACAGAGGAGGGCCCUGUCAAUGGCAAGCAGGAGACCAGCCCUUUGAAUGAGGUGGUGUCGGAGGCCUUUGUCCGUUUCUUCGUGGAGAUUGUGGGUCACUACUCCCUCUUCCUGAUCCCCACCGAGCGAGAGGAGCGGACCCUGCAGCGCGAGGCUUUCCGCAAGUCUGUCUCCUCCAAGAGUCUCCGACGCUUCCUGGAGGUCUUCAUGGAGACACAGAUGUUCGGGGGCUUCAUUCAGGAGCGGGAGCUGCGGAAGCAGGGAGUCCGAGGUCUGUUUGAGGUACGGGCUCAGGAGUACCUGGAAACACUUCCCAGUGGGGAGCAGAGUGGAGUUAACAAAUUCCUGAAAGGCCUAGGUAGCAAAAUGAAAUUCCUCCACAAAAAGUAAGAAUGAAGCACAUCCUGAUUCGUGGAAGAGAAUGGCUUUACCGUGUCACAGCAAUAAAUGUUGUCAACCAUUCCCAUUCAGCCUGCUCCCAGGAUCCAACAGCCUUGUGUGAGCUGGCCCCUGCCAGGUCGCGCUCCCAUGGACGUGUGGUGCCGCAGGACGAUUUGAUGGCUGUGGGGCUGUCGGGGCAGGUUUCUGGAUAUCUGCAGUACCAUGCACUGGACCAAGCACUCCCUGAACUCUGCACUAGCACGUUGCAGGCAUCCCAGCGGAUUGGAUCUCUUAGCUAGGCAAUCCUUUGGUUUGUUGUGUUUUUCUAUUUAUGUUGGGGUUAGAGCAGUUAUUAACCGAUGACUCUUGCCCUGCCUCCUCUCUCUGCCUGGUGCUGCAGGAGGCCAAAGCAGGACUCCCAUGGGACUGAGCAGGCAUGGAGGAGGGGAGCAACAGAGACAUAUGGAAACAGGUCUCUGCAAAGCAAGGAUGCUGAGGGCUGUGGGGAUGAUGUGAACUGACCAGGAGGAGCUUCCAAGCAAGGGAGAAGGAGAAAGGGGAACCACUAAACCUAUCAAGGACUUGAUGGGCCAACCAGCUCCCCAGGUGGCUGUGCCAGGGGGUCCUGGUAUGAG